AUGGAUAUCAAUCAACUUCCACCAGAAUUAAUUCUAUGUAUUGGGGACACCCUUCGAAGAGCUCCACUUAACGCACUAGUCCAGACCUCUAGACGACAUGCGACAAUCCUAAGUCCUCUCCUCUACCACAAGGCCUUUCGUCGUCACUAUCGUCCAGCUGUAGAUAAUGAACCGGAACCAAGAGCCAGAUCAAUAUGGGUCUACAGUCGAGGUCGCAGUUAUGUUUCUCAACGACGUCUAUGGUCUUGCGUCCCGUUUUGGGAUUCCGAAUAUGUAAUGCAAUAUUUUCGCAAUCGAUCGCUGGAAUGGGCCAGAACUCGCUUUGGGGGAAGAGAAAGGAAUGGUGCUAAUUGGUUACAUCUCUUGGCUGCAGCGGGUCAUGAGAAGCUUUUGAAGAUGUUCAUGGAUAAAGGUCUCGAUGUUAAUUCACGUGACUGGGGCGAGAAUACCGUUUUGCAUUCUGCUGCAGCAGCGGGACAAACCAAAAUGAUUGAUAUUUUGAUUGAAGCAGGUGCGGAUAUUUUGGCUGUGAACCAAUCAAAUCAAUCAGUGUUGGUGUACGCAUUGGUGAGACAUAAGAUGGGAGCUUGGAUAAAAGUUAUUGAUGCCGUGAGAGCAAGAGGUGGAGAUAUUAAUUCCAAUAGCGAUCACACAGGAGUACCACCGAUAUUCCUAGCUACGAGAGUAAGGGAAGCGCAACCAGUUAUUAAACAUUUCUUGGAGCAUGGAGUCGAUGUUUUUCAGGUAUUACCAACGAGUAAUGAUACCCUGCUUCACUGGGCUGCCCGUUUCGGUCAUGAAGAUAUUGGAAAUUUCUUAGUUUCACAAAUGAGAAGUCGUCCCGAAUUCAUCUCAUUUCUUAACGUUCAACACGUGGCUCCUUUGCAUCUCGCAAUACGGCAUAAAUCGUGGUCUCUUGCUAAAACCUUGAUAUCCGGUGGAGCAGAUCUUGAAAUUCAAGAUGAGUUUAACCGUAAUGCUUUGGAUCUAGUUAUCAUCUAUCGAUGCUUCCCACUAUUCCAAGAUAUACUAUCUAGAUAUGCCCACCCGGGGAAAGCCGCUACGGAAUUCAAAAAAGCCCUUACAAGAAGCAUCAAGGAGAAGGAUUCCACAGCGGUCCUCCACAUAGUCAGCCUCCAAAGCCUCAAAAAACCCUGCAGUUUAAAAUUCCAACUCCCGACCCUCCACUCGCUAAUCGAAACUCACCGCAACAGCAUCUCGGGCUGCGAAAUCAUCGAAAUCAUCGGCGACGCAAACGCAGAUUUUCAUCUCCUCUCCAAACCCUCGGGUGAAACACCACUGCACGCCGCAAUCCGCAAACCCACCGAAAGCUCCGUAUGCCGAGACCGACUAAUCACGUACCUCCUGCACAAAACGCACGAUUUCUCGCUCCUCACGCGCGAAGGAAAUUCCAUCCUCCACCACGCCGCGCGCUACGGUUCCCCAAAAACAGUAGAACAAGUCCUCAAACAUGCCAGCACAACCCCCGAACUCUUCGCCCUAGAAAACAACGCCGGAAAAACCGCCCUGCAAGAAGCGGCCCAGCGACCCGGAAAUCACAAACAUUCCGUCAAAUUACUCAUGCAAGCACGAAAAGAUUUCGAACACCGCAACAUCAGAGAGAAAAUUAUCUCGAGAAGUCCGAGGAAAAUAGGAAAACCAGCAGUUCCCGAUCCACCUAUCAGGGGCGAGAGUGAAAUGCUUGAGAAUCCCGAAAUAUUGAAGAAUAGAUCGUCGAAUUUGAGGUUGUCGAGUGGUAGUAUAGGAUUGGGUAGUCCAAUGGAUAAAUCCCGUGAAAGAAGGGUUAGGGAUCGUGGAAAUUUUUCCUUGCGGGAAAAUCCUGAGGAUGGUGUACUGGAGGAAGGUUCCCAGGAUGUGGAUUUUGAGGAUACGGAAUGA